AUGGCGACACUGGCGCUGCGCGGCGGGCUCACAAUGGUAUCAAGAAGGUCAAGACUUCAAGAUUGUUCUACACAUCAAACAAAAUAAGUUCAGAGCUGUGAUGGAGUAUCAGAUAUAGACAGCUACAAAUCAAGCAGUACAGACAAUUUCUUAUUAUCACCAUUGAAGAGAAACAGACCUGAAAGUGUUCCCACAGGUCAACUAAGAAUUAGCAGUGCUGUCUGCUUCUCUGUUUCAAAAUUCUGGCACGUCCAGAAGGCGUUUGAAGUAUCUGAAGUUAUUAAACAGCAGCCAAAUGUAAUCAAAGUCAUAGCUUACAAGAAUGGCACAAGAAAGAUCUUUGCUAAACUGCUGGAGGAGUGUACUAAAAAGCUGAACCUGAACAUGGCUGCCAGAGUGUUCUUGGCAGACGGCACUGAAGGACUAGAACCUAAAGACGUACCCCAUGAUGCCGACAUUUAUAUUUCAGUGGAAGAGACCUUUAUAGAUCCACUCGGAAAAAAAAAAAAAAUAAAGGUAAAAAACAAAAACAAAACUGAGAACCCCCAGCAAAUGGCUUAAGGGUUGCAAUUAAAAAUGAUUUUCAUCCUAUCUUUUUGCAUGGUUUAACAAAACUAAUGUUUACUCAUUUACAGCUCAGUAAGAGGAUAAUGUGCUUAAUGAAAGAAAAAUCUACUGACAGCCACGUUUAUUGCCCUUCAUUAGCAUUGGUACUUAAUUUAAUAUAGAUCUGAAUAGACAUUAGGGAGCCUGCAGGAGGUUAAAUGGUGAAAAUGUAAAGAGAUUAUUGAAUUUACUGUUUAGUUUCAGUGACAUCAAACAGACAUAAUUAAUUAAGCAUAUUCCACUAGUUAAAAUAAUCCAGAAUGUGAGAUUGGAUUCAUUAAUGUCAUUGUUUAAAUUUUUUUGGAAGUAUAAUCCAUCAAUAUGGAAUAUCUACCAUGCUUUAUUAAUUUUUAAUUGUUCAGUGAGACCAUUAUUAACAAU